AUGACCAAAGAGGGGUUUCUGCACUCGGGCGAACGACCAUCGUCGCAGGCAUUGCAAAGUUUCCUGGAUGCCCUUGCAGAUGGUCACCUGCCGCCUGAGGAGGAUGCAUGUCAACUCUUGAGGGACGCAGCCAAGCAUUUCUGGGAGCUGCCCACCUUGGUUCAGAUUCAGGUGCCCGCCGCAGCGACUCUGCACGUUGUGGGCGACUUGCACGGCCAGUUCUGUGAGCUGAUGACGGUGCUCAGCGGCUGUGGUUUGCCCAGCGAGAAGAAUAUGUUUCUCUUCAAUGGCGAUUUCGUGGACCGUGGCGGGCGCUCUGUGGAGGUGAUGCUGGCCCUGCUGUCCAUGGCCCUCUUCGCACCCGGUCGAGUCUUCCUGAACCGUGGAAACCACGAGUUUGCGUAUAUGAGCAGGAACUACGGCUUCGAGGAGGAGGCUCUACAGAAAUAUCCCCGCAGAAUCUUCGAUGCUUUCCAGACGGUCUUCGUAAGCUUGCCCUUGGCAUCGCUGGUGAACAAUUCCGUCUUCGUGACGCAUGGAGGUCUCUUCAGGAGCCGCGCUGUGCGCCUGAGCGACGUCCAGCAGGUGGAUCGCUUCGCGCCGAUGCUGGGUGAUGUGGCGCAGGACCUGUUGUGGAGCGAUCCAACCAACGAGGAUGGGCGUCAUCUCUCCCAACGGGGUGCAGGCAUUCUCUUUGGACCGGAUGUGAGCGAGGAGUUCUGUCAGGACAACAACCUUUUAUGCCUCAUUCGGUCUCAUGAGGUGAAGCACCGGGGCUACGAAUGGCAGCGAGGGGGUCGCUGUUUGACCAUCUUCUCGGCCGCGAAUUACAUCGGGCGCAUGGGGAACCUGGGCGCCGCGCUUCGGCUGAACUGGGCUGAAGGGUGGGUGGUGGAGUGA